AUGUUUGGUGGUCGACGUGUGCUCCGGCAGGUGAUGCUGGUCCUGGAGAUGUUGGGCCUGGAAGCCAGCGUCAUCCUCGAGGUGGUUCUGAUGGUCACCAACCUACAGGCUCUGGGUGUCCCUAUACAGUUCUCAACCCUUCCCGUCACAAUCUCGUCCGCCGUUGGUAUCAUCGCCUUGCCCGCGCUAGGAAUCUUGAUGGACCGGUGCGCGUCAUCGACUACGGCCAAAGCCAAAAUUUUAGUCUUUGUCUCCGCAGUGACAAUUUGUGGAGUUGCCUUUGUUAUAAUUGGGAACCUUGGGAAAUUGUUUAGAGUGCCGUCUAUUUAUGGCAGUUCUACCAAAACCUCCUUUAAACUUAGUAGUAACCUCACUUUAUUAAAUUCCGAUCCAUCCUCGGAAUUCACCAGCGCUGCUUUGUCGCCGUGGUUGAAUACCACGAAUCAUUCCUCGGGACUUUUGAGGAAAUCGGAUGCGAAUUUCAACUCGGCAUCAGGGCUUUCCUAUGACGUAGGCAAUCACAGUGGUCUAAGGGCGACCACUCCUACAGGUGGCAGCACCGGCGGUGGUCUUCCGUACUACGCGUGGUUUGCUAUGGUGGGCUACGGGAUGAUUGAUGUGGGCUACGAUGCCAGUAACUGUUUUCUCAAGACUUUCUCCCUCGCUUGCACGCCCCCCAAGGAGCAGUCCAGCAUACUUGUGAAGCACGUUCUUUUGGCUUCUGUUGGUGGCAGUUUUAUGUGCGUGUUCGGCCUGCUUGGGAUUGGAGACUACCUGACCCAAGGUACGACCUUUGACCCCAACUCCGCUCACGUGGCCACAGUGUCGUCAGUGUCGCUAGUGCUCACGGUCGUUACACUGGUUUCCACGCUCGUCACUGGGCUCUGCUGCUCCCAUCCCUCCCCGGAGUCGUGGGAGGCAGACAUAGAGGUAGCCAAAGAAAACGGUACAGAAAAAACCCACCUGGUCAACUCUCACGAAAAGUCCGUCACGUCUCGCAGAUCUCCCAGAUCUCUGUCGGAGUCUCACGCCGCCCUCUCCUGUAAUGGAUCCAGGCACGGAGGCAGCGAGCCACACAAUGAAGCCACAUCAGAACAAAGUCUUUACGACAGCGUCGGCGACCGGUUCCACUCUUUCCGGGGACUCCCACAUAAGACGUUGUCCGACGGACACUUGGACAGAAUCCCGAUCCAGGAAGUGCCGGAGGAAUCGGAAUCGGGAUCGAGCGCCCCGACUCCUGUGAAGAAGGAUAGGGCCGGGUUUAUGGGGUUCCUGCACAGGCAGAAGAAGCAGAUUCUCAUCAAUCUCACCACCUUCUUUGUUCUGGGGUCGCUCUACUCUUUUGAGGUGUACUCCACUAACUUUGUCAGUCUCCGAAUCUACGGUGGAGAUCCGAAUGCUCCCCUGGGGAGUGUUUUGUACACGAAGUUCUUGAAGGGCGUAGACAUGGGCACGGCUGGGACGUUGACAUACUACAUCAGUUUUACGUUCUUCACCUUCUUCUUAGAGACUGCCCUGUCAAAACUGGGCUGCAUCCGGGUUAUGUGGCUCGCUGUGUCAUCCUUCGCGGCCCUAGCCAUGACCCUUGCCCUCUGGCCCCGCCUCUGGCUCUACUUCCUGUCCUCAGUCUGGCUCGGCUGCUUCCGUUCUGUUGUCAACACGGUGCCCUUCAUCCUAGUCAACCAGAUCUCGCAGCAGCAGAACGGCGACAAGAACACGGGUGUGGCUAUCGCGGUGGUGUCGGCCAUGUUGCCGUGUACCUUCACGAUGUGCUCCGCCAUCAUGGGGCCGCUCAUGCACGUGACCAACGACGCUGGGGCGCCCAUCUACUACUCUUCU